UUGUUUGUGUGUAGUGUGAAGGUACGAAAUAUGGAAAAAGUAUGUAACGUGUUCAUCUUCGUGAUCUUAAUGUUGCAACCUCUAAGCAGUAUUUAUGCUGAUGAUGUGAAUAAAGAAGCUCAAGUUUUAGUGGACAUAAAGAACCUGUUAAAUGGAACUGAAGAUUGUAUGCAAAAUUGGGACCAAAACGGCAACCCUUGCAAGUUUUCUAACAUCGUCUGCCGCUCAGGUUUUGUCUAUUGGAUCAAUCUUUCGGAAAAUUGUAUGGAGUUAACAGGUCUUCUUGACGACAUCGCCGAGGGGCUUGCCGACUUGACUUACCUAAAGGCUUUGUAUGUGAUAUUUAAGCACAAGUUUCUGAAUAACAACGCACUGACUGGCCAAAUACCUUCGACAUUGACCAAUAUCAGAUCCCUACACAUACUGUUGCUGAAUAACAACGCACUGACUGGCGAAAUACUUUGGACAUUGACCAAUAUCACAUCCCUUGAGAUACUAGAUUUGUCAAACAACAACCUUACAGGACAUUCCAUGUAA